AUGGACUAUGGAAUACUAAAAUCACUUGAAAACGCUUGGCGGAAAGAUAGUGGGUUCUUGGCACGCCGUAUUGUGGAAAUGAGCAUGUCUUUGCCAGCUGCAGUUGUCGUGCUAGCCAAGUCUCUAAAUUCGAUUGCUCAAAAGCUUCCGAUCUGCCUUUCUCCAAAGCAGGGGGAGGUUUUCAAGAUAGCGGUUCUCUCCUAUUUUCCAACUGUAGACGCUGCUGAUCGUAAGAGAGCUCCGUCCAGGCGUAAUCCUAUUCUACGUCUUACAUAUGAGUUAUUGCAAACAGAUAAUACCCUAAAGAGUGCUAUUCUUGACUGCUUCUGGCAUAGCCUGAGCUUCUUCGAGCACUGUGGAUGCAUUUACUACCAGGAGUUGAUCGCCCAUUGGAUUCUUGAAGGCUACUUUGAUCCUGUUAGAUCGGUCACAAACGCAUAUAAGGAUGGUUAUAUUAUCUUGAUGGAGCUUCUAAACCGUGGCAUUCUGAAGAUACAAGAGGGCAAUAUGGUUGUGCCAGAGGUUGCAAUGAAGAACUUAAUUGAUCUCCGGCGUCGUGGACUGUCAGGGACAUCUCGAAUCGGACUUGCUAAAGUUUGUGGUAGCAACAUGACAAAAGGUCUAGGGAAUAUCAACUACGUGGAUGACGUUAUAAAAGGAGUGCGAGUGAAGAGGAAAGGAGGCAAAAUUACCACUAUUCUGGUCAGUGGAAACCGUUUGCGCCAGGAAACUCCUGAAAAGUUCUUUGAAAAGUUGAAGGAUCUUGAGAUACUUGCCCUCUUCGUACCAACACUGGACCCUUUUGUCCCGUCUUUAUCAAAACUAUGGAAACUCCGGGUUCUUGUGAUCAGGGACUGUGAUCUACUGAAAGAUAUAGAGGAGCUCAAGACUCUUCAUGGGCUACAUGUUCUUGAAAUUUCUGGCGCUAGCUCCCUGAUGGAAAUCUCUGACGGCUUCUUUGUGGCAAUGCCUGGUCUUCAAAGUCUUCACCUCUCUGGACUUCAGAUCAAAUAUUCCCCUUCCAGCAUUUCUAAGCUAAAGGGACUUCAUCGUCUCAUAAUUAGGGAUUGUCCUGUAUUGGAAGAUUUGCCAGACAUACAAGAACUGGUAAAUCUUGAGGUUGUUGAUGUUUCUGGUGCUCGUGGACUUCAAACUAAUUUCGACAAAGCAACAGGCGAAAACAAAAACAAGAACUUUUAUCAUCUCACAAAACUUCAACUUCUUGACUUCUCCGAGAGCCAAAUAGAGCGACUACCAAUGUUUCAGGACUCUGCGGUGGCCGCCAAGCUUCACUCCUUGACUCGCCUCUUGUUGCGAAACUGUAGCAAGUUGAGAAAGUUGUCUAAUCUGAAGCCCCUGUCAGGUCUCCAAAUUCUUGAUCUUUCUGGGACUACCAGCUUAGUGAGAAUGUCGGAAUUAUGCUUGGAGGAUAAGAAGGAACUCAUCAUUCUUAAUCUGUCAGGCACUAAUCUUCGCCAGUUGCCUUCCACAAUCAAAGAGCUAUCCAACCUCAGUGAGCUCAUCCUGAGGAAUUGUCCCAAUCUAGAAGCUCUUCCAAAUAUUAGAAACCUCACCAAUCUCGAGGUUUUUGAUGUUACCGGCUGUACUAAGUUGCAUACGGUUGAGGGAUCAUUUGUGGACAUGUCAUACCUGCGUGAAGUAAGCCUCUCUCGCACUAAAUUGAAGAUUCCACCAAAGUUGCCAAAGAAGAGCAAACUCUGUUGUCGAAAAAGCAUUAUUUUUGCAGAUUGUAGUUUUCUCGAGAGUGAGAUCUGGGGUCAAAUAACGAAGGCCAUAACAACUCAGAUGCUUGAGAAUGCUAGCUGCUCUGGUGUAGUCGUCAAAUCCCAAGAAAUCUCAAAAAUGGAUCCCAAAGAAGAAAGAGAAAUUCAUUCAAAUGAACCUUGCUCCAGUGAUUUUCCCGGGAAAAGAGGUAUCAGCAGGGAAUGUUUUGGCCAGGAUCCUGUAUACGUGGGUCUAUAUUAUAAGUCAAUACCAUUUGUUGAUGCUGAAAGUCAUCUGAAAGUUUUGGAGAUCCAUGAAUCUAAUGGCCUAGGUGGUUCUCGAGAUCUGGACAAGGAAGCUUUAGCUAAUGCCGAGUUUGUGUCUUUUGUGGACUGUAGCUCCCCAAGGCUCAUAUAUAUCCUUAACGAGAUCAUAUCGGCAAAGGGUUGUUGGCUAAGGAUGUGCAUGGAUGUAAAAGACCUUUUUUCUGGUGUGGAUGAGGAACGUUUGGGAUCACUGGCGACUCUGUCCAUUACAAACCUUCCUCUGUUGGAUAGUAUAAACUGUGGUGGUAGCUUCAAGACUCUAAAGAAGCUCAGCAUAGAUUGCUGUCCGAAAAUCCAAACGCUUUUCCCGGAGGCAUCUCAGCUGCCUAGCAGCCUAGAAGUCCUGCAUAUAAAGUUCUGUGAGAAGCUGGAGAAAGUGUUUGAAGAAGAAGGCAAAGUGUCUACUCUCACUACCCUGUGCCUUCAUGAGUUGCCUGCGUUAUCAGCUGUCAGAGCCAAACUACCUAAUCUCAAGAUAUUCAGUAAGACGAAUUGCCCGAAGCUUUAUGCCACAAAGGAAAAUCUCAAAGGCUCAGUAUGUGCGACUCUCUACUCUAAUGUCUUUCUCAAAUAUGAUACUCUUGCUGUUUCCUCUUUUGCUUGUUAUGAUUGGUAG